UAUAAAGACAGAUGCAGUAGCGAAUAUAAACGCUUUAUUCAGUAAGUAAAAGAAAAAACAAGGAAAGCCAAAGGACGGCGUGAUAACACUGGAUCAAGUGUUCAGGCGCGUCCUCCAUCUGUCAACCCGUCCAUAUAAAUGUCCUGUGGUCACUUUCCUUGGGAGAAGAAGCCCCUCCCCUCCCUCCCCUCCUUCCUCCUUCGUUCCCUCCUCUCUCCGGGACAGCAAGAGAGAGAAUCAGGAGAUGGAAGGUGAGGGUCGAUGAGACUGCGCACCGCUUCUCACACCGCCACGCAGUCAGGGGAGAGAAAGUAGAACGGUAGAAGGCAGUGCUGGCGAAUCCCAGAGGUCUGGCGGAGGAAAGAUCUGAGCCUCCUGUCCCUGAGAUGCCCUCAUUCCCUAACGAUGGAGAGGAUCAAAAGACCACCGUAAACGUCCCAUCUGCACUGUCCAAUCAAAACGGCGUUAAGAGAAAGGUGCGUCCGAAGAAGAAAAAGGGCAUCAUCACUUCCAACGUGGCAGGAACCAAAUAUGAGAUUGUUCGUAUUGUGAUCGGAGAGCUUGGAUUUCACAAAACCAGAGAUGAGGAUGAAACAGCCAACCUCAUUUGGAGCGACUCAGCUGUACAGCAUGAAAAAAUUGCAGAGCUCAGGAACUAUCAGAGAAUUAACCAUUUCCCAGGAAUGGGGGAGAUCUGUCGGAAAGACUGUCUGGCCAGGAACAUGUCUAAGAUGAUUAAAAGCCAGCCUCAGGAGUACAGCUUCAUCCCCAAAACCUGGAUCUUUCCGGCUGAGUACACUCAAUUCCAGAACUAUGUAAAGGAGACGAGACGCAAGCGAAAACAGAAGACCUUCAUUGUCAAGCCUGCCAACGGAGCGAUGGGUCACGGGAUCUCGUUGAUUCGGAAUUGCGAGAAGCUCCCAGUACAGGACCACUUUAUCGUACAGGAGUAUUUGGACAAACCUUUCCUGAUGGAAGGAUACAAGUUUGAUUUACGGAUCUACAUCCUGAUCACCUCAUGUGACCCUCUGAGGAUCUUCCUGUACAAUGACGGCCUGGUGCGGAUGGGUACGGAGAAAUAUCACGCACCCAAUGAAUCCAACCUGAACCAGCUGUACAUGCACCUGACGAAUUACUCAGUGAACAAACACAACGAGAAUUUCGAGCACGACGAGACAGCAGACAAGGGCAGCAAGAGGUCCAUCGGCUGGUUCACCGAGUUUCUCCGCACCAACAACCACGACGUUGCCAAAUUCUGGGGUGAUGUUUCCGAACUGGUGGUGAAGACGCUAAUCGUGGCCGAGCCUCACGUGCUUCACGCUUACCGCAUGUGCAGACCUGGACAGCCUACAGGGAGCGACAGCGUCUGCUUCGAGGUGCUCGGCUUCGACAUCAUCCUCGACCGCAAGCUUAAACCUUGGCUGCUGGAGAUCAAUCGAGCUCCGAGUUUCGGGACGGAUCAGAAGAUCGAUUACGAUGUAAAGAAGGGGGUCUUGCUCAAUGCACUAAAACUGCUGAACAUCAGAGCGAGUGAUAAGCGGCGUAACCUGGCUCAGCAGAAGGCCGAGGCGCAACGACGCCUCUACGGCCAGGGCACCAUGAAAAAACUCGCAGCGGGUUCGUCCGAGUGGGAAAAGCAGCGCCUCAUGUUGGAGAGGAGAAAGGAAGAGCUGAAAGAGAGACUUGCCCAGGUUCGCAAGCAGAUAUCCAGGGAGGAGUACGAAAAGCGGCAUCUCGGGAACUACAGGCGCAUUUACCCCCCAGAUGACAAGCUGCUCCUGGAGAAGUACGAGGGCCUCCUCUCGGUUGCCUUUCAGACUUUCCUCGCUGGGCGAGCAGCCUCGCUUCAAAAGGAAAUGAAUAAUCCUCUGAAACGAAUGAAGGAAGAGGACAUCCUGGACCUGCUGGAGCAGUGUGAACUAGACGACGAGAAGUUAAUGGGCAAGACGUCCAAACCUAAAGGACAAAAAGCCUUGUCCUCCAUGCCCGAGAGCGCUCAGAUGACGAGACGGCACAGGGACUACGAAGACAGCUCGGGCAGCUGCAACAGCAGUGGCAUGUCAGGCUCAAACACGGAUGAAGAAGAAGAGAGCACCGGUGACCUACGGAAGAAGGUUUCCAUCGAAGUGGGGGAGAGCAAACGGAAAACGUACGAGCGUUCUAGUCGCGUUCAUUGGAAACCUUCCAAACCGCAGAAAUCAGGCCCCGUAUCCUCACCCACCCUGUCAGGACUCAUCCGUCGCUCCGUCUCGUGCCCGCGCUCCAUCUCCUCUAUGAGUGGUCACUCGCCCAGCGCCGACAGCAGAGCCACCACAAACAAGAGUUUGCUACAGAUGGGAAGUGCCAGUGUGGCUCCAGCCCAAGCAGGACCCGUGGCACCACCCACAUCUCUGGUUCGACCCCACACGGCCCUGCGCUCGCAUUCUUUGAGCCGCAACAGUUCUGCUCACAGAAUGCCCCACAGCAGUAGUCUGGGCACCAUCCACUCCACCGUGGGAGAGUCCCUGCUGAACGCGAGGAGCAAGGAGCAGGAGGCUGAGCUGACGCGGCAGACGCUGGCUGCGCUGGGGGAGAUGCGCAUCCGAUUCCCAGGGAAGAGCGAGGAGGAGGCAGAGGCGGUGUUGGACGAGAUUCUGAACAACUGGAAGUAUCACAAACCCAAGGUUGCUUCUUACUGGCUGGUGAAGUUAGAUGCCACCAAACAAAGAAAGGUUCUGGACAUUGUCCGCACCAGCGUACGUUCCUUGCUGCAGAGGAUAUGGCAGGAGCCCGACGUCGACAGUUUACGCCUUUACAGCCUUUUCAACCGUGUCUUCAGUCGACUGCUGUGGAGUCACGGUCAAGGCCUGUGGAACUGUUUCUGCAGCUCUGGCAGGUCAUCCUGGGAGAACAUCUUCAGCAAAAGCAGCGAGCUGGUGUCGCCGCAGGAGAUGCAGUGCUGCCGCCGCUUGGUGCAGGUGUGCCGGGACUGCCUGCUGGUGGUCUACAAGUUCGUUUCUGAAUCGCGCGCCUCGCUGACCGGACUGAACCCGGAGUGGGAUGACCCCAGGUGUCUUCUGCCAGUGACCUCCCAGUUCAUCAUCAAGUGGCCUUCCUCCAGCCUGGGCCGAAACGUGGCCUCCCGCAGUCUCUUCACCACCCGCAUGGGCCACUUCUGAUCCUCCCCCCUGGAAACUCCGCACCUCCAGGGGAAGAAAGACCACCAGAUCCUUUCCAGAUAACCCCUGGCGGGAGCCGACGCUAAUUCUGGAAGCAUGUAAAAAGGGAUUUCGCCGGUCCGCUUUGUUAGCUUUAGUCAUUGGCGCCUCGGACGCAGACGAUUAGGCGGUACCUCCCUCGAGCUCGGUUUGUGCCUGUGGAUCUGCUGUAAAAUAUUUUAUCCGCCGUCCUUUAUCAGUACUGCAAAAUAUGAUUCACUGUUAUGGAUUUCUGACCAGGACAAGAAACGAUUUAACAAUAUCGAUAAACGUUGAGGUGAAAUUUACACAGGAAUGAGUUUUGUUUAUGCCUGGUGCUUAAGAAAGUCCGAUUAUUUUAAAA